AUGAGGCCUUCUUCAUCUUCCUCGUCUGCUUCUCGUUCGUUUACGCUCUCCUCGGUGACAGUGGCGGUGGAUAAGGCCACGAGCGAGCUUCUGCUCACUCCUGAUUGGACGGUGACCAUCGCAAUCUGCGAUUCCGUCAAUUCUAAUCGAUGGCAAUGCAAAGACGCGAUCAAAGCUGUCAAGAGAAGAUUGCAGCACAAGAGCUCUAAAGUCCAAUUACUCACUCUAACGUUGUUGGAGGCGAUGCUCAAAAACUGUGGGGACUUUGUGCAUUCUCAUAUUGCGGAGAAACAUGUGCUUGAAGAUAUGGUUAAAAUUGUGAGGAAGAAGGGAAGUGAUUAUGAAGUAAGGAACAAAAUAUUGAUAUUGUUGGAUACUUGGAAUGAAGCAUUCAGUGGAGUUGCUCGCCAAUACCCUCAUUACAACUGGGCUUACCAAGAGCUUAUCCGUUGUGGGGUGAAGUUCCCACAACGUUCAAAAGAAGCACCAUUGAUGCUUGCCCCUCCUCCGUCAUCUUCAUCUUCUUCUUCUUCUUCUUCUUUGAAUUUUAUGUCCAUCGGUUCAACCAAAAGGCUCGACGAGACAAUGGCCACUGAAAUUGAGAGUCUAAGUUUAUCAGGUCUUGAAUCCAUGAGAAAUGUGAUGGAUCUCGUCAACGACAUGGUUCAAGCCCUUAACCCCUCUGAUAAAUCAGCAUUAAAAGAUGAGCUAAUAGCUGAUCUAGUAGAGCAGUGCAGAUCUAAUCAGAAGAAACUCAUCCAGAUGCUCACAACUACUGCGGACGAGGAUGUUAUGGCACGUGGGCUCGAGCUGAAUGACUCUUUGCAGGUAGUGCUGGCGAGGCACGAUGCCAUUGCCUCUGGUGUCUCUCUUCCGUUGUUGCAGGCCCCAGAAACAAGCUCUGCUGCUGCUGCUCUUGCCUCUGACUCUGACUCUUCUUCAUCUUCGAGCAGUGAAAGUGAAACAGAUGAGAGCGACCAACUUCAUUAUGACUUUAUGCAGUUAGCCAAAAGGCACACUCUGUUAAAUGCCGAAAACAGCGAUGAAGAAGAAGAAACAUUGCUUCUAGGGAACAACAAGGAAAAGGCAGCAGAAACAGAAGCCAAGACGCAGUGCAAAGAUAUAGCUUUAAUCGACACAGCGACCACCAAGUCAGAGCAGGACAUUAUUGACCUUCUAAGCCUAACUCUGUCCACAACAGCAGAUCUGCCCUCUUCCCAAACUCAAACUCAAACGCAAACGGAGCCUCUAUCAAACAUGGAUCACAACACAUCGUUUUUCGGCGAAGAUCAUAUUCUUAUGAACAGCUAUGUUGUCCCCUGGGCACAAUCUCAGGCAGAAGCGCAAGUCCCAACAAUGGCUCAGUUUGGUCCAUCGAUACCUCAGUUUCAGCAGCAGCAGCAGUUUCCUUACGGUUAUCCUCAGACACAAUGGAGCGGUGGUCAAGCAAACAGUAAUGAGAGAACAACAUAUUGGGGCCAAGGAGGCAGUGAGAAUAAGGUGAUUGAGAGAAACUUACAAUACUCAAACUCCUUCCCGGCGAGAGUGGCUGGGCCAUCCGCUGCUGGUGUUGCUGCGGUGGAUGGGCAGCCGCAGACGUCGUACGUUCCUCCAUACAAACUGUUUGAAGAGCUCAACGUCUUCUGGAACGCAGAUGGAGGCGUUAGGAGUAGCAAAUGA